AUGCUCUGCCCGAGAGGUCACGCGACUACUUCCGAAGGAAGAAAGCUUGGCCUCUUCUCGAGGCGUUACUGUGAUGUCUGCAACGAGAAGGUAUCGCGGCGAGGCGGAAUUUACCACGAGUGUACCGCUGGUUGCGACUUCCGUGUUUGCAGCAUAUGCAAGAAGGAGGCCGAGAAGAGCAACUAUUUUGUGGAGCCUUGCACUUUCACCUUCCCUGGCGGCCUUGGCCCUUUCAGCAUUCAGCGAACGAGCCUCCAGGGCCCAGACCUCUUUCAAAGCGACCGUCGGGGGACUUGGAUUUUGCACGAGGCAUUCUUCCAACGCGGGCGAAGUCUAAAGAGAUGCUGGCAAGCUCUGCUUGCGAACGGUGUUGCUGUAGAACUGCCAAACGGGCGUGCCGGCAUCACCGUAGAGCUUUCGCCCAUGGCUCCAACCAAGCUUGUCUCAGAAGUGCGCAGGGCAAACCGUAUCCCUGAUGUCGCCGGAGUGCUGGUCGCAUGGAUGUACGCUCUGCAGCUUGAGUGGCACAUCAUCUUAGGGGACUCCGACAGAGAGGAGGAAGAUGGCACAGCGGCUGACUGGUCCUUUCUGACGGUUGGAGGCUUUGUUCUCCUGCAAACGGAUGAAAACAAACAGCUCCAAGUCCUGUGCGCAAACUCUGUAUCUUUUCAUCCAAGUGGCCCGAUGCAGUUUUCUGCUCCACAGCCGUGGUGCGCCGAGUGGACUCGCAAGCUCGCCGAAGCUGGGCGCUUCCAGAAGGUCACCGUCCAAAAGUGGGCCAGCGCCGGUGCCCGAUACCUUUGCUGGAUCUGCCCCGAGGAGAAAAUUCUGAGGCCCGGAGCUCGGCACGGCGGCUUCGUCUUCCUGUUUCACGAUCUCGAUGAGGAGGAUGCAGGGGGCCGGGAUCGCUUCUUUGAAAUCGUCGGGGCACCUGUGACCAGCGAAGCUCGCACCCAAGAGCUCCUCUCGCAGAUCCCCAAGCGGUCUUCCCAGCCGGAAGUUCUGCAAUCUGCCAUUCCGUUUCGAGUGGUGGGUGAGGUUCCUGCAUCUUCCAAGCACAUGGAGGACAUCCGCCAGCGCUGCUUUAAGGCUGCAUCCGACGGGCGCUGGUCCCUGCUGGCGCACAUCUUGGUGGAAUUCCCUCAGGUGGUACAGGCUCAAGACAGCGCAGGUCAGACGGUUCUCCACAAAAUUGCCGUUGGACGCCCAAAGACGCGGCGAGCCACAGAACUCCUACGUCUGAUUCACUCACAUGGUGGGGACCUUGAGGCACAGGACACGACUGGGCAGAAGGCAUACAAUCUGGGCGACCAAAUUUUUAGAGCCCAAGCCUGUGAAAUCUGGGGCCUCGUUCCUGAUCUCUUUGCUGAUCCAGAGGUUUGGUUCGAUUACUGGGACGCGAAUAAGGAUGGACAUCUGUCUCCAGAGGAGUUGGUGCCUGCUCUCGCGGCUGCUUACCAGGUCGGCGAGCUUGGUCGACAGUGGAUCGAGAGCUACGUGAACACUCACUAUCGCGAGAUGGCCGCACUCGACCCAAAUGCUCUCCUCACCAAGUCUGCCUUCCUAGCGAACGAUGGCCUCCUGCAUAAGCUGCAGUCCAGUGAGGAGUUCAUCAGUCUGCGUGGGCAAGAAGACAGUCCUGGCAAGAAGCUACCAGCUCUAUUCAAAACAGAAGGUCGCAAGAAGCCUACAGCAGCCGACAAGGAGGCCGUAAAGAAGUUCAGCAAAGCUUUGGAAGAUCUACGAACGAAGAACGGAUGGGACCGGCCCGGCCAUGCAGCGCCCUCCCAUGCAAGGUUGUUGGAAGUGUCCGGGCCCUUCCCUGGUGGAGAUUCGGACCCUGAACAUCGCAUGAAGGCGGCCAAACAGAUGCUGGCAUGGUCCUUCGCAAAAACAACUGCCCGAAGCGGGAAAGAGUGGAUGCAUGGCUUCAAAAUACAGUUCACGGGAGAUGACGCUGGUAUCGACCAUGGGGGACUGACGAAGCGCUGGGUGCAGGAAGUGGGCCAUGCCUUGUGGGGGAGCGAAGAUUUUUUCGAUACGAAAGCCUCAGGCAGCUUCUUUAAGCCCGACAACAUCUCAGACAUGCGGAUCCAUGCCUUCCACGUCAAGGCCCAAUCUUUAUACCGAUGGGUGGGCCGCUUUCUUGCAUACGCCUUGUAUCAAGGCUGUGUCUUGGACUGUGCUCUGAGUCCCUGGGCCCUACGCUGGCUCAUCCGCGUGAUCGAAACCCAAGCUGCGUUGCCCCCGGCCCUGGCGGCCGUGGCGGGAGAUUGGCAGCGGGAGGGCGAGGACGGCCGCAUCGCCACCAUCUCGGGAACCAUCCUCCUGAGCCAUGCAGAUGAGAGCGGCCUGCCCCCGCAGAUUGCGCUGCAGGUAGCACCAGGUGAUGCCAUCCAGGCGGACUUUGAUGGAGAAUCUCUGAAGGCAAAGCUCUCACACGGUCGGCUGCGGUGGAGCGAUGGUGAUGUGUGGGUUCGAUGCUUCGACUGCCCCGUGCCUCGCCAUGCUGCGUUGCCUGUGUGGGAUGAUACGCCGACGGGUGACGACCAACUUUUAGAGGAUCUCGCCACUAUGGAUCCAGCCUUUGCCAACAGCCUCUGGAGAGUGAGACACGAAAUGCCGGACGAGGAUUUGCAAUGGCUGACCUUCUCCUACGCUGGCAGGGAGCUUGUUCCAGGAGGUGAUGACAUCGAGGUUUCCCCCGAGAACAAGGCAGAGUAUGUUCGCCUCUGUUGCAAGGCGGCCCUGUUGUACUCAUCCCAAAAGGCGCUGCAGGCAUUCAGCGAUGGCUUCUUUGACGUGCUUCCUCCGAGUCUCUUCGACGGAGCUCCGGCAGACGUUUUCCAGUGGCUCCUGCUUGGCGAUGCUCAGAUUACAGAUGAGCAGGUCGAGAAGCUGGAGCAGGUUCUCGUGCCGGAUGGCCUGGUCCCAAAGCACCUGAAGGACACCAAAGAGCUCCAGACAUCUUUGGCUUGGCUCUUUCAGAUCAUACGGAGGGGCGACUCCAAGUUUAGGUCAAGACUCCUGGAAUUCUGGACUGGGAGUGAUCGCUUACCGCUUGGGGGCGUUGAAGCCAUCGAGCCGAAGCCCAGGCUGCAGGUGAUGAUCUCGCAGGAGAAGCCGCUGUUUUGCGCAAACUUCGCGUGGGAAGUGCAAUUGCCAAAUGGCAACUGGUCGUCGUACAGCCCCGAAAUCAGCGGAAGCCUCAACAACAUCCUUGAAGCUGGUUUGAGGAUGAUGGAGUUCCAGGUUGGCCGCAACAUGUAUGUCAUAGACAUCCGUGCGAAGGUUCAGGUCAACCGCCGGACGGGAGAGCAACGUCGAGUUCGACGCAGAAAGAUUGACAUGGAUGCUGAUGAGCGAACGACGCUGGCAGUGGUGAAGAGGAUCGAUUCGUGGCCCGCAACUCGCCUUCCCGAGGGGCACACUUGUGGAAACGAGCUCUGGAUUCCGCUCUGCGACUCCGAGGAAGACUUGGCCAAACUCUCAGCCAUGCUGGGCGGUCCCCAUGGCUUUCAUCUUUGGCUAGUUUGCAGCCGAGCCCUCAAGCUGUUGAGCACGGAUGCCGUUUCCGUGCAGCGCUGUGCCCACUGGUCCGAAGUGCCCAGGCGAGCCGCUGUGGUGGACUCCCAUGGCUCGGCCACCAUGCGUUCCUUGAUGCGCCAGGAGGACCAAGGCAAUGCAGAGGACGACGACCACGAGCCAGGCAAUGUUGAUGGACUCUGGGCGAGGUUCUUCGGUGCCACUGGUUCUUCUGUUUCAGAUCUGGUCGGCUCAUCCGCAGAUUCUGUGGCCAAUGCCACAGAUGCACAUGCGAGCACAACGUCAAGCAAUUCAAGCUCUGCUCAAAACGCCAGCAAACUGGCCAACGCAACUCUUGGCGUCAUUGCCAAGCUCACUUCCGCCAACAUCUCGGAGACGACCUUCUCUGAUGAGGACUGUGAAGACACCUGGCAGCCGGAGUGGAGCUCGAAUAUUCCGGAGGAGAACUGUCAAGAGUGGGCACGCGACAGUGAAUGGGGAGCUUUGUCAAGCGCUACGUCCCUCAAAGUUGCAUGUAAAGGUGAGUGGGCCCAGAAGAACUGCAUGGCUACCUGUGGGUGUGAGGUCGUGAAGAGCUUGCAGCUAGACAAGGCUAUCCACGAAGCGGCAGGAAGGCUUGGCUAUAACUCCCAGGAGGACUCUCAGUUGCAAGACCUCUUGGAUGGUAUGGACCUUGCCGCCAAGAAGUCUCUGGUGCACGUGCUGCACCCUCGCUGCAAGGGAGUGGCGGACAAAUUCUGUGAAGUGUUAGCACAGGCAAGCAGUUCCUUGAUCUACAUCGAGUUUGCUAACAUGCCUUCAAUGUACAACCAAAGCCAAAGCCAAGGCAGGAAGCUCAUAUGGCGGAUUCGUGCCGGCACCUCCACUUCGGCACCUGUGACGGAAGAGGACGUUCUCCAGAUGGCUGCGGAUGUGGGCUUAAAGAAGGAGGACAUCAUUGCCAUAAAUGCAACCCUCGAUGAUAUCAAGCCGGAGCUUCACGAUGAGAUCUUCACCGCAGUGAAUGCAGCUCGUCAGAAGUUUCGCAGGACCGGAAAAGCCAUCGUGCGACACCUGAGAAAUUUGAGCAGACCCAGCCGGGACCUCUUGCCCACGGCGGACGAGCAGAAUGAGUUCGUAAUCCAAGCGGACCUCUGUUACCAGCGGAAGGCUCGCUUGAUGACGGUAAGCCUUCCGGUCCAGCGAAUCGUGUCCUUCAUUGAGUCCAGGGCACAGGACUACAAAUUACUCGAUUUUCGUGCUGGAGAGGUCACAAACGAAGGCUCCGACUGUGGGGCGCUUGCUGCUACCAGCGUGGACAGAAAAGGUGAGACGCGCUUGCCGAAGACGGGAUAUCAGGAUCUCUUUUGGUUGGCAGGAAUGUUCGGGAGCAAGUACGUCAACAGCACGCGUGGAGCGGAGGUGGCGGUGAAGGUUUCUCAGCUGGUCUUUCACGAAUUCCGUGAUAACGGCGACGUCAUCGAGUACAGCAUCUUGCUUCGACAGUGGGCGGUGCUAGCUUCCAGCAGAGAACUCACGUAUUUGUGGUCGUGGAUCAUUGACUUGGAAGGAGCCGUUUUGACCGCAUUCCUGUGGGCGCAAGCGAAGAGAUUGACACCUGCACUUCCUUCCACCAUCCUGGCAGGCGAAAAGCGGACUGGCGAAGACGCGGAUGAGAAGCGGCAACAAAGCAUGGCUCAGCUUGCAGACCCUGGUGCAUGGAAUUCCGUCUUUUGCGACUAUCUUUGGAAUUCGGUUCUGUCACUGGCUUGUAGCGGAAGCGGUUGCGCUGAGGAGAAGCUCCUGUACACAGCAGUGAUGAACUUCGAGGCCAGGCCCUGUCAGAUCAGUGCUUGUUUGCAAGUCUGCCGCAAUGUCGUGGCGCACGGGGAGCAAGUCAGUCAAAUCUUCUGUCCUGUCUCCAAGCAAAUCCCGUGGAGAUCGUUGAGCUUCGUGAGAGAGUCGAAUUUCACAAGAGCACUGACGGGUGGGUCCGUAUUCGCCAUGGCUGCAGACACGCACGUGUUGUUAUGUGUCUUGGUGGCGCUGAUGCUCCCACGUCGGCUUCAGCAGAAGCUGAGCCCCAUUCACGAAAUGCUGCGACAGCCUUUCGGCGGCCGGCUGCGCUUAAAUGCUGCCUGGACUGUGCUGUGUUUCACACUGUCAGUUCUGACCUGCCGACGUUGGGGCAUUGAGAUGUGGCAGAGGGGAGUUCGUGGCAUGAUGUCUCUCAUUAGCAAGGAGGCCCUGAGAUCCAUUUGUGCGCUGCCCUACAUCCGCACCAUUGUGAGCAGGGAGGUCGCCAAGGAGCUAGCAGCCAUCGAGGCGAAGCUCCACGGCAACGGGGACCCGACGGCACUGCUGGAGCUUCCAAUGCAAGGAGUGCCUUGCACUGAGAUCCUCCAACGAAUCCAGCUGGCGAGACAAGCCGAAUCUGCAGAAUACGUGGAUGUCGCCAAGAAGUGGGCUGGCAUUUACCACUCACCUGUUGGGGAGCUGGUUGAUCUGCAGAACAAGGUCUGGAGCAUCUAUAACUGCUCCAACACAUUGUACGAGGGGGUGUUUCCCUCUGUGCGAAAGUAUGAAGCCGAACUGAUCAGUUGGGCAGUUCAUCUGCUGAACGGCUCAAGCCCUGCUUGUGGUUUGCUGACGUCCGGCGGAACGGAGUCGGUGCUGCUCGCUGCACUGAGCUACCGUGAGCUCGGGCGGAGCCGGGGAAUUGCAACACCUCGCAUUUUGGCCGCGAACACCUGUCACCCCUGCAUUGUCAAAGCAUGCCACUACUUCGGGAUGAACUUGACGAAGAUAGCCGUGGACGAGUCUACGGGCUUUGCCUUGACGGCCAAACACGUACGAAGUCACAUUACCGGAGAUGUUGUUUGUAUCUACGCCUCCGCACCUACAUUUCCCCAUGGCGUGGUGGAUCAUGUGCAAGACCUUGGGGUGCUAGCCGCAUCAAGGGGCAUUGGUCUGCACGUGGACAACUGUUUGGGUGGAGUUCUGUUGUCAUACAUGGACAUCCAGUCCUUGAAUCAAGGACAUCAGCCCUGGGACUUCCGGGUUCCUGGAGUCAGCUCCAUCAGCGUGGACAUUCACAAGUAUGGCAACGCCUCGAAAGGUGUGAGCGUGAUCGCCUUCCGAAACCCAGCGCUCCGGCGUCAGACCUAUGUCCCUGUCACGGAUGGCUGCGAAGGCCUAUACGUCACACCCACCAUGCAAGGUGCCCGUGGAGGGGCUGUUAUCGCGCAGGCAUGGGCCACCAUGCUGUGCUUCGGAGCAGCUGGCUAUGCCAAGUUUGCAGCUCGCAUCCACAAGGCCCACAUGCUGUACCAGGAUGUUGUAAAUGCCAUUCCUGGCUUGCACGUGCUUUGCAAGUGCCACGCCUGCAUUGUACCGGUUGGGUCCUCAAAGUAUAACAUCUAUGCCGUCGCCUCGCUCCUAGAGGAGAAAGGCUGGAACUUGGCGACGGGACAGUCUCCUCCUUGCCUUUCAAUCUGUAUCGGAGAGAGGCACGACCAAAUCGUCGAUUCAUUCGAGGCUGAUCUGCGGGCAGCUGUUGAGUUUCUGGACAACACGCCGUCCUACAAACCCUCUGGGGCGGCAGCGGUCUAUGGGUCGAUGCCGACUACACCCACUGCGGUAUUGGAAGAGGUCGUCCGAAGCUACGUGGAUAUGCGUAUGUCAGUAAAGCCAAGAUCCUAA